UUCUGCAGGGAUGGGUGAGCAAACGCGUUCAGGCAGGGAGGAGCGAGGCACCGCCGUUUCUUCCGCAGACGGGUGUUAGAAAUCUUUGCUGUCCAGGGCUCAGCCGGGCUGCUGAAACACGAUCCUUUAUCCAGAGGUCACAGAUGCAAACUAGCUCCGUUUAAAGGGCAUAACCUUCAGUAGCAGAACAAAUCAGGCCAGCCAGCACGCUGCCAAGUCCUGCAGGCUCCUUGUCAAGGAAACCAGCUGGACCCAUUUCUAAUCAACAUCUCCCAGCAUAACACCUCUGGGUCAUUGAAGGAGACCAGACCAGAAUUUCAAGCUUUCCAAAGACUUCUACUAGACAUCGAAUGCAAAAGGAUAUUUAGGUUGCGUUUGCACAGAUCUGCUCUAUUUCAGAGACAAGGGGUGGGAAUACAGGUCUCACUUUCACCCAAGAAGUCACAAGAACAUAUUCUACAUUAAAAGCUCUGCACAUAUAAUGGAUGAUGGUUACCGAAACAGCCCAAACCUCUACCAUGGUGCGAGAGAUAUAGCUCGAGAGGCCAACAGGCAGUCCCGGAACCAAGGAAUGGAUGACUACAAAUAUCAAGAUAACUAUGAGGGCUAUGCUCCCAAUGAUGGCUAUUACCGCGGCAGUGAGUCCAACCCAGAAGAGGACGCACAGAGUGAUGUUACAGAAGGCCAUGAUGAAGAGGAUGAAAUCUAUGAGGGCGAGUACCAGGGGAUCCCUCACCCGGAUGACGUCAAGGCCAAGCAGACCAAGAUGGCACCCUCCAGGGCAGACGGCCUUCGGGGCCGGGCAGACAUAAUGGCUGAGAGGCUGGAAGAUGAGGAGCAGCUGGCCCACCAGUAUGAGACCAUCAUUGACGAGUGCGGCCACGGGCGCUUCCAGUGGACCCUCUUUUUCGUCUUGGGUUUGGCCUUGAUGGCAGAUGGGGUGGAGGUGUUUGUGGUGAGUUUUGUCCUGCCCAGUGCAGAGAAGGAUAUGUGUCUGUCCAGUUCCAAGAAAGGAAUGCUUGGGCUGAUAGUCUACCUAGGAAUGAUGGCGGGGGCCUUCGUCCUGGGGGGCCUGGCCGAUAAGCUGGGGAGGAAGAGAGUCCUCAGCAUGUCUCUGGCCAUCAACGCCUCCUUUGCCUCUCUCUCCUCCUUCGUGCAGGGAUAUGGAGCCUUCCUCUUCUGCCGACUCAUCUCAGGCAUAGGUAGUGGGGGUGCUCUGCCCAUUGUUUUUGCCUAUUUUUCUGAAUUCUUGUCUCGGGAGAAGCGAGGAGAGCAUCUCAGUUGGUUGGGCAUCUUCUGGAUGACCGGGGGCAUCUAUGCGUCUGCCAUGGCCUGGAGCAUCAUUCCACACUACGGCUGGGGCUUCAGCAUGGGCACCAAUUACCACUUCCACAGCUGGAGAGUGUUUGUCAUCGUCUGCGCUCUGCCCUGCACCGUGUCCAUGGUGGCCCUGAGGUUCAUGCCAGAGAGCCCAAGGUUUCUGCUAGAGAUGGGCAAACAUGACGAAGCCUGGAUGAUUCUCAAGCAAGUGCAUGACACCAACAUGAGGGCUAAGGGGGCCCCGGAGAAGGUGUUCACGGUUUCCAACAUCAAAACUCCCAAGCAAAUGGAUGAAUUCAUUGAGAUCCAAAGUUCAACAGGAACUUGGUACCAGCGCUGGCUGGUCAGAUUUAAGACCACUUUCAAGCAGGUGUGGGAUAAUGCUCUGUACUGUGUGAUGGGGCCCUACAGGAUGAACACGCUGAUUCUGGCCGUGGUAUGGUUCACUAUGGCUUUAAGCUACUAUGGACUGACAGUUUGGUUCCCUGAUAUGAUCCGGUAUUUUCAAGAUGAGGACUACAAGUCCAAAAUGAAGGUAUUUUUCGGUGAGCAUGUGUAUGGUGCCACCAUCAACUUCACGAUGGAAAAUCAGAUUCACCAACAUGGGAAACUGGUGAAUGACAAGUUCACAAAGAUGUACUUUAAACAUGUACUCUUUGAGGACACGUUGUUUGAUGAGUGCUAUUUUGAAGAUGUUACAUCUACUGAUACCUAUUUCAAAAAUUGCACCAUUGAGUCAACCAUCUUUUAUAACACAGACCUCUACGAGCAUAAGUUCAUCAACUGUCGGUUUAUCAACGUCACCUUUCUGGAGCAGAAGGAGGGCUGCCACAUGGACUUUGAGCAAGAUAAUGACUUCCUGAUUUACCUCGUCAGCUUCCUUGGUAGUCUCUCUGUCUUGCCUGGGAACAUCAUUUCUGCCCUGCUCAUGGAUAAAGUUGGGAGGCUCAAGAUGAUCGGUGGCUCCAUGCUAAUCUCGGCGGUCUGCUGCUUCUUCCUGUUUUUUGGCAACAGCGAGUCCGCAAUGAUCGGCUGGCAGUGCCUGUUCUGCGGGACCAGCAUUGCUGCCUGGAAUGCUCUGGAUGUGAUCACGGUGGAGCUGUAUCCCACCAACCAGAGGGCAACAGCCUUUGGCAUCCUCAAUGGAUUAUGCAAAUUUGGAGCCAUCCUGGGAAAUACCAUCUUUGCUUCCUUUGUUGGGAUAACCAAAGUGGUCCCCAUCCUUCUGGCUGCCACUUCUCUCGUUGGGGGUGGCCUGAUCGCUCUUCGACUGCCAGAGACGCGAGAACAGGUCCUGAUGUGAACAACAUAUGAAGAAAGGAAAUGUUGGAAGAACCUUGUCCAGGAACCUUCCAUGCGCCCACACUUCUUGUCUGUCACUUUCCAGAGAACGCCUGGAUAGCACAGGAGGAGAAGUUGAUUUUGUGACCCCUAGUUUAGAACUCAUUUCAGCUGUCAAUAUGAUUGUUACUCAGGUGACUGACUUGGGGGUGUCCUGAGCUUCCCUUAUAAUCACAGAGCUGUGUUCUUGGCUUCAGGUCUCCCCAGCCCAAGGCAGAGGAAGAGGGAUAAACCCUCCAGUGGGUGCAUACACUAAGCAAGGAGUGCGCAUUUCCCUAAGUGAGGUGCAAGGACUUAUUUCCAUUUCAAAACGAAUUUGAGGGUGACAAACGCUCAAGUUCCUUCAUAAAGUUCCUUGGAGCCCAAUGACCUAAUAAAUUGACUUGGCAGAAAGUUAAGAGUCAUCAUAUGAAUGUUGGGCUUGAAGUACAGGAUACAUAUAUUUUUGCAUUUAAAAGUAUCAUCUAUCAUAUUUUCCAUUUGAAAAUCAGCACAAUAGCAUUGAAGAUACUCUGAUAUAGAAAACCAAAUAUUUGAGCAAUAUCUAUAGAAAUCUACUUUCCCCCCCCAAGUGUCCUAAGCUUCCCAUGAUGAUUAGGAGGUAAAUUUAAGAAUGAUAUUUAUUCCUAUUUUAAUCUAUUCAAAGAAACUUAAUGGGAUAGGUAUUCUGUAAACUAACUUUGUAUAUAACUGUAUUUGGGUUUCAUUUGCAGAAAUGGUAUCUGCAAAUACUUGCCAGCAUUUUAGCCAUAUCUUGGGAGGACUUGGUGUUUAGAGUCCCAAGAAAUUGGAUCUGAUUGAAUGAAAUGCAAGCACACUUUCUCAUAGUCAUUUAACUUGCUGUUGGGAGGAUGCACGUAGCAAGCUCACGUUGUACAGUUCAUUUAAUCCAGGCACUUUUCUUCGUGUAGGUGGAGUAGUUACUUUCUUCUUACACAGAUCGCUUGUGAAACUCAAGCUCAUCCUUCAAUGCUGGCAUUUGACUUUGCCGCUCCCCCGGAAACAGCAGAAGUUCAGUGGCCUCUGGCACUCUCUUUGUAGGCGAGAAGACAACGUGGUGGACAAUGUGGGGGAUUGAGAGAGGGAUGGGAAAGUAUAGCCACAGUUCUUCAGAGUGUAAUUC